CUGAGCAUGUGCACAAACCAACGUGGUGAAAUCUUCCGGUUAUCAUUACUGUGGAAGAAAGUCGGCAUAUUUUGGCAAAUAUAUCGGUGGCUUUCUCAUCAAAAUCAUAAUUGGCAGAUUCGCCACGUGAGGAUAUAAUAUUAAUUGAACAGAAGGCGAAGAAAUGCCGAAGAAAGGCAAGAAAGGCAAAACGAAGGAUGACUGGCCGGAGGACGAAGCCGAACUGGCCGAGAAAAUGAACACAUUGUCCACCGGCGAAGACACGAAGAAGAAAAAGAAAAGUAAAAAACUCCAAUCUCUCAAAGAUGACAUUGAAGACGAUGAUGACGAUUUAAAACUUGUCGAAAGGACUGAAAAGGAUGCUAAGAGUGCGGGUGAUGCCAAUGUCAAUGACUCGAAGUCGAAAAAGAGUGGAAAUAAUGAAGAGGACGACGAAGAUGAAAAGUCUGACGAGGAGAAGGAGUUUGAUGAGAUGUAUAAUAGUGACGUGGAGAAGGAGGAGGAGGCAAAAGAUGACACAGCUGCCACUGCUAAACUGAGCAAAAAAGAACUGAAAAAAUUGAAAAAACAGGAAGAAUAUAAGAAACAGCUAGAAAAUAUGGGAGACAAUGAGCAGUUCUCACUGUCCCAGGCAGAGUCAUCUGCCAAGGGAGCCAUCUUGGAAGGGCAAACUGAUAUUAAGGUUGAAAAUUUUUCUAUCUCUGCUAGAGGUCAGGAACUUUUUGUGAAUGCUACAUUGAAUAUUGUUGCCAACAGAAGAUAUGGUCUUGUAGGACCUAAUGGACAUGGUAAAACCACAUUGCUCAAACACAUAGCCAGCAGAGCACUGAAGAUCCCACCCAAGAUUGAUGUCCUGCUUUGUGAACAAGAGGUGGUUGCUGAUGACACUCCAGCUAUCACUGCAGUGCUGAAUGCAGACAAGAAGCGUCUGGCUUUGCUAGCAGAAGAGAAACAUUUGAUGAAUGCUUUGUCAGAUGGCUCUCAGGAAGUUAGGGACAAAUUGAAAGAGGUAUCUGAAGAAUUACAAGCCAUAGGAGCAGACUCAGCUGAGCCCAGAGCAAGGAGAAUCCUGGCAGGUCUGGGGUUCACCAAGGAGAUGCAGGAAAGACCAACAAAACACUUUUCUGGAGGUUGGAGGAUGAGAGUCUCCUUAGCUAGGUAUGACUAA